AUGGCUUUUUCAAUUCCUGCAACUGUAUCUGGUGUUGAACGAUUAUUCAGUAGCGCUGCUAUUCUAAUUGGCAAGCAUACCAAUCGACGAAUGGUGUCUACUGUCUAUAACAGAUUGUUUGUGAAAGAAUUUUUUAGAUAUCAUAGCGUUUCUUCCAUUGAUUAA